UCAUUUUCCGAACCUACAAUGUCAGAUAACCUCUUCCCUAUUGAAUAACAGAUAAAAAAUUUAUUUUCGCCUAAAAAAUCUAAAUUCUAAAACCAUGUUCAAGGCCAAGAUGCGUGACGUUGGAUAUUUUGUGCUGCUGACAACACUCCACUUAUGCUCAGAUCUCCAGCCCGUGGUCGAGGCCCAUGCCAAUAUCAAAACAGUGUAUCCCUCAGUGGAUCGUAAUCUAACGCUCCAACUGGGCUAUAAUUACAAUCACUGGAUGUUUGUCAAUGCGAUGAUGUAUUCCCUGCUGGUUAUGCUAGGACUUUGGUACACUCGACACUUGCAAAGUACAGAGCGACAGGAAACGGAGGAGAGGAAGGGCAUCCUAAAGGAACCCAAAACUGCAGCCGAGGUCAAAAAUAAUUGGCUCAACAGAAAUAAAAGCGGUUCCCCAACGGAAUUGGGACCUUUUUCUUGGAAUAAAUUCAUUCUUUUUGCUCUACCCUGGAUCUUGACUUUUGUGGCCGGCGGAUUUAUCAACUAUAUGCGAUUAUAUAAGAUUACUCAGCACUUCUGCAUUUCCAACUGGAGGGCUAUACAGCUUUAUGGAGAGCUAAGACUGCUCUUUUUGCACCGUCUUUUGGCAGUGGCUCUGAUUCCCCAUUGGUCGCAGAUAGUUGGUGGAGGAGUAUCCUUGGAGGAGGCUUCACAGCUGCCCGGAAAUUACAUCAACAUUGAAACACAUCUGCUGGACUGAGCAUGAAACUUUCGAUUUAACUUUAAUUUGUUGGAAGAUUAAAUUAUGGGAAUAAGACAUUAUUUUUGUAAAUAUCAA